GUAAACAGAAGACGGGCUGCUUAUGCUUAUAUCUAUGGCUGCUGUUACGUUCGUUACGUUACCUGCAGGUAACCGCUCUCUUAAUCCAUCCAUGCAGGUAACGGGUUAGUAAAUUAGGGACGUUAGUUCAUCUGUAAAACUUGAAUACGUGUGAUUAAACAACAAUGUCUUCAGUUGAGCAUCUUAGAGAGUUUGUCAACGAGCGACUGACGGCUGCUGCUGAAGAAAUAUUCGGAGUUUUAAAAAAUACUAUCGUCGAGUACGAGGAAGAGAUAACCCGUCAGCGCAGACGGUUGGACGUCGUUUGGAAACCUGAAAUAAAAUUACACAGGAUCAAAGAGCUCCCACAGCAACAUGUCUGUAAGGAGGAAGAGGAGGGUCCGAUUCAGGAGAGGAGCUCCAGUCUGGACCAGGAGGAGCCAAAGCCUCCCCAGAUUAAACAGGAACAGGAGGGACUCUGCACCAGUCAGGAGGGAGAGCAGCUCACACUGAAGCAGGAGACUGACGCCUCUAUGUUGACUCCUACUCACAGUGAAGGUCAGACUCUGAACUGGGAUCCUGAUGACCCUCUCGGUGCAGCAGAGGAAGAGUCUGCAGUCAGCAUGCCAGUUAUAGCCUCUGUGGUGUCCGAAGCACAUGGUGACCCACAGCUCCGCUCUCACAACUCUCAGGAAGCUGAGAGCAAAAACCAGGAAGGAGGCGAGCAUAGAGAUUCAGGAUCAACUAGAAAAACAGAGCCCAAACCAAAGAGAAGACGUCACAAAAGCAACAGCCACACCAACAAUGUCAACAACCCGAACUUGUUAAAGAUUCACAGUAAUACUAACACAGGUAAAACGUCUUAUAAAUGUCACACAUGUGGGAAAGAUUUUAAGUCUAAUUCACAACUUCAGACACACUUGAGAAUCCACACAGGUGAGAAGAUGUUUUCUUGCAAAACAUGUGGGAAAGAUUUUCGACUCAAAAGCGAAUUGACAGUCCACCUGAGAACCCACACAGGUGAGAAGUUGUUUACGUGUAAAACAUGUGGGAAAGAUUUCAAACAAUCUUGUAACUUUUUGACCCACACGAGAAUCCACACAGGCGAGAAGCCGUAUCCUUGCGAAACGUGUGGGAAAGAUUUCAGAAGUAACGGGGAUUUGACAGUCCACACGAGAACCCACACUGGCGAGAGGCCGUAUUCUUGCAAAACAUGUGGGAAAGAUUUCAGAACUACCAGUGCAUUAACGAUCCACACGAGAACCCACACAGGCGAGAAGCCGUAUUCUUGCAAAACAUGUGGGAAAGAUUUCAGAAGUUCAGGUGCAUUUACAAUCCACAUGAGAACCCACACAGGCGAGAAGCCGUAUUCUUGCAAGACAUGCGGGAAAACUUUCAGAUUCCAUGGUGAGUUCACCGUUCACACGAGAACGCACACAGGCGAGCGGCCCUAUCCUUGCAAAAAGUGUGGGAGAGCUUUCAGGAACAAUCGGGAAUUGACAAUCCACGUGAGAAUCCACACUGGCGACAAGCCCUACCUUUGCGCGACCUGCAAGAAAAGAUUCAAUACCAUGUCGGACGUGAACAGGCACAUGAGAACCCACACGGGGGAGAAGCCGUAUCCUUGCAAGACCUGCAGGAAAAGAUUCAGUAACGUGUCCAACAUGAAAACGCACAUGAGAACCCACACUGGCGACAAGCCUCACCUUUGCAAGACCUGCGAGAAAAGAUUCAAUUCUGUAUCGGACUUGAGUAGGCACCUGAUGACCCACAAUGCCGAAAGGCCGUACCCUUGCAAGACCUGCGGGCAAAGAUUCAGUCUCAUGUCGAACAUGAACAGGCACAUGAGAACCCACUCGAGCGGUGACGGUUUGAGCACUCGAACCAAAUCACCAAACCAAACCAAGUCACGGUCAAUGUCUUCAGUUGAGCAUCUGAGAGAGUUUGUCAACGAGCGACUGACGGCUGCUGCUGAAGAAAUAUUCGGAGUUUUAAAAAAUACUAUCGUCGAGUACGAGGAAGAGAUAACCCGUCAGCGCAGACGGUUGGACGUCGUUUGGAAACCUGAAAUAAAAUUACACAGGAUCAAAGAGCUCCCACAGCAACAUGUCUGUAAGGAGGAAGAGGAGGGUCCGAUUCAGGAGAGGAGCUCCAGUCUGGACCAGGAGGAGCCAAAGCCUCCCCAGAUGAAACAGGAACAGGAGGGACUCUGCACCAGUCAGGAGGGAGAGCAGCUCACACUGAAGCAGGAGACUGACGCCUCUAUGUUGACUCCUACUCACAGUGAAGGUCAGACUCUGAACUGGGAUCCUGAUGACCCUCUCGGUGCAGCAGAGGAAGAGUCUGCAGCCAGCAUGCCAGUUAUAGCCUCUGUGGUGUCCGAAGCACACGGUGACCCACAGCUCCGCUCCCACAACUCUCAGGAAGCUGAGAAAAUCCCAAAUCAGAAAAUCGCAACUCCGAAAGGAGGCGAGAGGAGAAGACGUGACAAAAGCAACAGUCCCACUAUCAAUGUCAACAACCCUAACUUGUUAAAGACUCGCCGUAAUACUGACACAGGUAAAAAGUCUUUUAAUUGUGACACAUGUGGGAAAGGUUUUAAGUAUAAUUCGCUAUUGCAGAGACACACGAUGAUCCACACGGAUGAGAAGCCGUAUUCUUGCCAAACGUGUGGGAAAGAUUUCAGACAUCCCAGUCACUUGUUGGCCCACGUGAGAACCCACACGGGUGAGAAGCUGUAUUCCUGCAAAACAUGUGGGAGAGCUUUUAUAUGUAGUAGUGUACUGAAAACCCACACGAGAAUCCACACAGGCGAGAAGCCGUAUUCUUGCAAAACGUGUAGAAAGGAUUUCAGAACCAAAAGUCAUUUGACAGUCCACAUGAGAAUCCACACAGGCGAGAAGCCGUAUGCUUGCAGUACGUGUAGAAAGGAUUUCCGAUUCAAAAGUGAUUUGACCGUCCACAUGAGAAUACACACGGGCGAGAGGCUGUUUACAUGUGAGACAUGUGGGAGAGCUUUCAAACGCGGUAAUGCACUGAAAGUCCACACGAGAACCCACACAGGCGAGAAGCCGUACCCUUGCGAAACAUGUGGGAAACAUUUCAGAAGUAACGGGGAUUUGACAGUCCACAUGAGAACCCACACUGGCGAGAAGCCGUUCCCUUGCAAGACCUGCGGGAAAAGAUUCAUUACCAUGUCGGACACGAACAGGCACAUGAGAACCCACGCAGCGGUGACGGCCAUUUCAAUCAACACAAGUGAGGAGCCACGUGAAUGCAGCUUUCCUCAAACGUCAUACCUGACAAAACAAUGCAUAAACGGGACAAAGAUUGUGGCCAGUCCCUCUCACCCCGGACACAAACUGGUUGAACCCGUCCCCCCUCUGGCAGGAGGCUGCACUCCAUCAGGACCAAAACCUCUCGCCAUAAAAACAGUUUCUUCCCCUCAGCAGUCAGCCUCACCAACAAGGCCCCGGACCCCCACUGACAUUGAACCUUAGACCUACAUCCUGUCCUCUGCACAGUCUAUAUAUCUUAUUCGCUGUUAUAUAUAUUGUUCUUAAGGUAUAUUAUUUCUUUUCUUGUUUGUCAAGCAAUACUAUUAUGUUUACAUUCUUUUCUUUUCAUAGUCAUAGUUAAUAUUUAAUAAUAAACUAUUACACUGUC